AUGACAGCACUAAGUGAUGAUGCCGGCGAAACGUUUGAGAAUGGUCCACUUGGUCUGCAGGGAGAAAUCGGCAUUCAGGGUCCCCGGGGACCAAAAGGCCUCCCAGGAAUGCCUGGACAGGAUGGACUUCCUGGCUUUCAUGGACCACGUGGCCCUUCUGGUUCGGUUGGCCUUCCUGGUCCUCAGGGUAUUCCUGGACCUCCUGGACGAGUGGGAGAGCAUGGCAGACAAGGCCUCAGAGGCGAUCGUGGCUCCAAAGGACCUCCUGGAUCACAAGGCCCGCCUGGUGACUUAGGACUCAUUGGACCUCGAGGGUCCCCAGGUCUUCCUGGCCUGCAAGGUGAAGAAGGACCACAUGGGCCCAAUGGUCAAAUUGGCGAUCAAGGAAUUACGGGUCCUCCUGGCCUACCUGGGGCAAUAUUUAUCUUAUGA